CGGGUCUCUUACUGGAAAGUUUUCUCCCAGCCUUUCCCGAGGCCUGCUGCCGCUGUGAACAGAUUGCUCUGUUUCCUAGGAUACCUUCGUCUUUCUCCAAAACUUUAUUAGUCGUUAGAUCCUUCUGCAGAUUCCUCGCACUGACCUGCAAGAUUUCUGGGCACAGGUGCUUUAUUCCUGAAAAUGAUACUUGACAUGGCAAUAGCUCCUGGAGAGGUGACCACUUCUCUCAUAAUUUUGGUGAUGGUUUUUAUUUUUGUGAGAGUACUCGGGAGUAAGGGGAGAAAGCAGGUGUCUCCUCCUGGCCCAUGGUCCUUCCCCAUCAUAGGAAAUCUUCUUCAGCUUGGAGACCAUCCUUACCUUACAUUCAUAGAGAUGAGGAAGAAAUAUGGAGAUGUUUUUCUCAUCAAACUUGGCAUGGUGCCUGUCCUGGUAGUGAAUGGAAUGGAAAUGGUGAAGCAAGUACUACUCAAGAAUGGAGAGCAUUUUGCAGGCAGACCUAACAUGCACACAUUUUCUUUCCUGGCAGAAGGAAAGAGUCUUUCAUUUUCUGUCAAUUAUGGUGAGAGUUGGAAGCUUCAUAAGAAAAUAGCCUCUAAUGCUUUACGAACUUUCUCUAAAGCAGAAGCAAAAUCCUCCACUUGCUCUUGCUUACUUGAGGAACAUGUCACCAAGGAAGCUGCUGAGCUGGUUAAAGUCUUUGCAGAGCUGACUUCUAAGAAUGGCAGCUUUGAUCCCAGAAAUGCCAUCACGUGUGCAGUAGCCAACAUUGUCUGUGCCCUUUGCUUUGGCAAGAGAUAUGACCAUGGCGACAAGGAGUUUCUUAGGAUAGUUAAAACUAAUGACGACUUACUCAAGGCCUCAAGUGCAGCUAAUCCUGCCGAUUUCAUACCAUGUUUUCGCUACCUUCCACUCCAGAUUAUAAAUGCUCCUCAAAAGUUUUAUCGGGCCUUCAAUCAGUUUGUUGCACAACAUGUACAAGAUCAUCUUACUACAUAUGAUAAGGACCAUAUGCGAGACAUUACUGAUGCUCUGAUUAGUACAUGCCACAACAAAUAUGCCACUACCAAAACAGCCACUUUAAAUGAUGAUGAAAUCAUAAGCACUGUGAAUGACAUCUUCGGAGCUGGUUUUGAAACUGUAUCAACUUGUUUGUAUUGGAGUUUUCUUUAUUUGGUAUUCUAUCCAGAAAUUCAAACUAGAAUUCAAGAAGAAAUUGAUGGAAACAUUGGGCUUAAAUCACCCAGAUUUGAAGACAGGAAAGUUUUACCCUACACAGAAGCUUUCAUAAAUGAAAUAUUCAGACAUGCCUCCUUUAUCCCUUUUACUAUUCCACAUUGCACCACAGCAGAUACUACCCUGAAUGGUUAUUUUAUUCCCAGGAAAACGUGCACCUUUAUUAACAUGUAUCAAGUAAAUCAUGAUGAAACUAUCUGGGAUAAUCCUAGUUUAUUUAGUCCUGAGAGAUUCCUAAACGAAAACAAGGAACUGAAUAAAAGUCUUGUUGACAAGGUCCUGAUAUUUGGAAUGGGAAUCCGGAAAUGUCUUGGAGAAGAUGUUGCAAGAAAUGAGGUAUUCAUUUUCAUCGUCACAGUUCUGCAACAGCUCAAGCUGGAAAAAUGCCCUGGUGCCGAGCUGGACCUGAAGCCCACAUAUGGGUUGGCCAUGAAGCCCACGCCCUACCAGCUCCGAGCAGAGCCCCGCUCCGCGGCUGGCACGUCUUAGGUUCUCAGCUGGAGGCAGGUUUCUGGUUUAAGUCAGAAAAAUUGUGUGAUUCAAAUUCAUUUAAUAAACAACUUAAAGAUUGUACCCAAA